UCCGAGCGCUAGCCCUUCUAGGCAGCUUUUACAUCGAGACUCUUUGGAAAGUCCCCACCGCGUUCAUCCCCGGAGGAUUUGGGGGAGCCAGGGUGCUCAUUGAUCGCGGGGAGCCACAGAAUGACAGCUGAGCAGCGGCAGAAUCUGCAAGCAUUCAGAGACUAUAUCAAGAAAAUUCUAGACCCCACCUACAUCCUCAGCUACUUGGGUUCCUGGCUCAAGGAUGAUGAAGUGCAGUGCAUUCAGGCUGAGAAGAACAACAAGGGCCCAAUGGAGGCUGCCUCACUCUUCCUCCAGUACCUGUUGGAGCUGCAGACAGAGGGCUGGUUCCGGGCCUUUUUGGAUGCCCUGUACCAUGCAGGUUACUGUGGACUUUGUGAAGCCAUCGAAAGUUGGGACUUUCAAAAAAUUGAAAAGUUAGAGGAACACAGAUUACUUUUAAGACGAUUAGAGCCAGAAUUUAAGGCCACAGUUAGCCCAACAAAUAUCCUUUCUGAAAUAUCCGAAUGCUUGAUUAAUCAGGAAUGUGAAGAAAUCAGACAGAUAUGCUUCACUAAAGGGGCGAUGGCCGGUGCGGAGAAGAUGGUCCAAUGCCUUAUCAGAUCUGAUAAGGAGAACUGGCCAAAGGUCUUGCAACUUGCUUUGGAGAAAGACAACAGCAAGUUUAGUGAACUGUGGAAUAUUGAUAAAGGUUUCAAAAGGGUUGAAAGUAAGGCUGUUGAAGAUGAUGGAACAGAGACAUCCAGCAUACAGAUUUUCAUUCAGGAAGAGCCAGCAUGUCAGGAUCUCUGUCAGAAUCCCGAGCCUCCUUCAGAAGCGUCUUCUAAUAAUUUACACAGUCCAUUGAAACCAAGAAAUUACCAACUGGAGCUUGCCCUGCCUGCCAAGAAAGGGAAAAAUACAAUAAUAUGUGCUCCUACUGGUUGUGGAAAAACCUUCGUGUCGCUUCUUAUAUGUGAACACCAUCUUCAAAAAUUCCCACAUGGUCAAAAAGGGAAGGUCGUCUUCUUUGCUAACCAAAUUCCUGUCUAUGAACAGCAGGCAACUGUGUUCUCACGAUAUUUUGAAAGACUUGGGUACAGCAUUGGGAGCGUUUCCGGGGCAACGUCUGAUAAUGUCUCAGUGCAGCACAUCGUUGAAAACAACGACAUCAUCAUCCUGACACCCCAGAUCCUUGUGAACAAUCUCAACAAUGGAGCUAUCCCCUCGCUGUCUGUCUUCACUCUGAUGAUAUUCGAUGAGUGUCACAACACCAGCAAAAACCACCCGUACAAUCAGAUCAUGUUCAGAUACCUAGAUCACAAACUCGGAGAGUCGCCAGACCCUCUGCCUCAGGUCCUUGGGCUGACUGCCUCGGUUGGUGUCGGAGAUGCCAAAACCGUGGAGGACGCCAUGCUACAUAUCUGCAAACUCUGCGCCGCCCUUGACGCCUCCGUGAUCGCCACAGUCAGAGACAGAGCCAACAUGGAAGAACUGGAGCAGGUUGUUUAUAAGCCCCAGAAAAUUUCCAGGAAAGUGGGAUCACGGACUUCGAACACGUUUAAAUGCAUCAUAUCCCAGCUGAUGAAGGAGACAGAGAAGCUGGCAAUGACUGUCUCUGAGGAACUUGGAAAGUUAUUUCAAAUUCAAAAUAGAGAAUUUGGCACCCAGAAAUAUGAACAGUGGAUUGUCGCCGUUCACAAAGCGUGCACAGUGUUUCAGAUGCCAGACAAAGAGGAGGAGAGCAGGGUCUGCAGAGCGCUCUUUCUGUACACGUCACAUUUGCGGAAGUACAAUGAUGCGCUCAUCAUCAGUGAGGAUGCACAGAUGAAAGACGCUCUAAAUUACCUCAAAGUCUUUUUCCACGAUGUCCGAGAAGCAGCAUUCGAUGAGACCGAGCAAGAUCUUACGCGGAAGUUUGAAGAAAAACUGGAGGAACUAGAAAAAGUUUCCAGGGAUCCCAGCAACGAGAAUCCUAAACUAAGAGACCUCUACUUGAUCUUACAAGAAGAAUACCACUUAAAGCCAGAGACCAAGACCAUUCUCUUUGUGAAGACCAGAGCACUUGUGGAUGCUCUGAAGAAAUGGAUUGAAGAAAAUCCUGCACUGAGCUUUCUAAAGCCUGGCAUACUAACUGGACGUGGCAAAACAAAUCAGGCAACAGGAAUGACACUCCCGGCACAGAAGUGUGUGCUAGAGGCAUUCAGAGCCAGCGGAGAUAACAACAUUCUGAUUGCUACCUCGGUCGCUGAUGAAGGCAUCGACAUUGCCCAGUGCAAUCUCGUCAUCCUGUAUGAGUACGUGGGCAAUGUCAUCAAGAUGAUCCAAACCAGAGGCCGAGGAAGAGCACGAGAUAGCAAGUGCUUCCUGCUGACCAGCAGCGCUGACGUGAUUGAAAAAGAAAAGGCGAACAUGAUCAAGGAAAGAAUAAUGAAUGAAUCCAUUUUAAGACUGCAGACAUGGGAUGAAUUGAAAUUUGAAAAGACGGUUUGCCGCAUACAGUUGGAGGAAAAACUCCUCAGAGACAGUCAACACAAACCACAACCUGUCCCUGACAAAGAAAACAAGAAACUGCUGUGUGGGAAGUGCAAGACUUUCGCGUGCUACACAGCUGACAUUCGAGUGGUUGAGAAAUCCCACUACACUGUACUUGGGAAUGCUUUUAAGGAGCGCUUUGUGUGUAAGCCACACCCUAAACCAAAGAUCUAUGACAGUUUUGAGAAGAAAGCAAAAAUAUUCUGUGCCAAACAGAACUGCAGCCAUGACUGGGGAAUUUUUGUGAGAUACAAGACAUUCGAGAUUCCAGUCAUUAAAAUUGAAAGUUUCGUUGUGGAAGAUAUUGCGAGCGGAGUUCAGAACCGGCACUCAAAGUGGAAGGACUUUCAUUUUGAAAGAAUACAGUUUGAUCCUGCAGAAAUAUCCACAUGACCUCAGGUCCUCAGACUCACACUAGGGGGCCAUGCCUUGAGUGUGGAAACAAUGAGCCAAUCCUUUCUUACGCAAGCCUGCUCUGUGUUGAAUGCCAGAUAACCUGACCUGUUUUUUUCUAAGCUCUUUCCGUCCACACAAAGCACACACGCAUAAACUGCUGCACCGAAUACUUUGUCCGCCAAUAACUCAUAGCGCUUGGUGAUGGUGGGGAGGGGUUGAACUGCCCACCAAGGAAUGAGCAGCCACUCAGUACAUUGAGACGCACGAUGGCUGGCAUGCUGGAAGGGUUCCCAUCCUGCCCUCUUUGCUUGACCUGCUGGAAGCUGCUUUUUGCCCUGAGCAAUCCACUGACUUAGUUCUUUUUCAGGCCACCAGACUGACUGCCAGAUCCACAGCACUUCUGUCCCUUGCAGACUCCUUUCCAGAUUUGGCCCCACCACCCUGUCACCCGCUGCCGAUUCUCCUGGUUUCUGUCUCUUCCCAGUCUUUUCCAUUGGUUUCUUUGCUGACACAAAUUUGGCAAUUGCAAGGUUCAAGAUGCACACACAUAUGUAUUUAAAAUGACAUACUUUUAAGAUAUAAAAGACUACAGUUGAUAGCUAUGCUUAGUGGGAAGGUAUUUCUGUUCUGUUCAUUUACUAUACAUUUCACUCUAGUCUGUUCUUUUAACUUGGGCCAUUUCCCCUUCUUGAAUAGACAUCUCAAAUCUUGUCUGUCUGUCUGUCUCUUACCGUUCAAGAUAGGAUCUCUGUACACCAGAAACUCACUAUGUAGACCAUGUUGGCCUUGAGCUCAUAGAUCUCCUGCCUCUUAAGUGCUGAAAUGAAAAUCUUUCACCAUGCCUGGCUCUAGCUGUUUUUAAUAAAGGUUGAUGUUUAACAUUUGAACUAUUUCCAGUUCAUUCCCUAA